AUGCUGCCGAACAUGUUGAAUCGACACGCUGAGCUGGUCCAGGACAUUUUCUUGCAGAAACUCCAUACUGACAAUAUCCUCCUUCUGCUGUGCUACUCUGUACGCCUCAUUCAGCUUUGCCUGCAUCGCCUGCUUGGCGGUGUGGAUCCACUCCAGCAGACGCGGGGCGUCCGCAGCCUCAGCUCUGCCCGGAAUCUC